AUAAAUUUUUUUAUGACAUUGGGCAAGUCCGAUUUGGCGAGGAACAGUCAGAUAUCGAGAAGAAAAUAUGUGAAAAGCUGGAAAAAAUAUAAAUAAACGUAAGAAUUUUGCAAUGGAAGGCGAAAAAAUUUUAAUGGCUGCAGGCGUAACUGUCGCUGCGGUUGUCGGAGCAUUUGUUUUUUGGGGUCCUUCAGGUUCCUCACGUUUGCGACAACGAAGGGGCCAAAUUGCAGGGCUGCAUAAUUUCGGACAAACUUGUUUUUUAAAUACGUUGCUUCAGUCACUAGCCGCUUGUCCCCAAUUUAUAGCUUGGUUGCAGUUAUAUAACAACGCCAACUCGGACCGGAAGAGUCUGAUAUCAUCCCUGUUGAAUACACUUGAAGUAAUAAAUGGCACUCACUCUACUCUGAGAGGGGAUCCCUAUUCUCCAGGUGCUGUUAUGCGCGCCCUUCAUGCUCUGGGCUGGGUUAUACCACAAGAAGAACAUGAUGCCCAUGAGCUAUUCCAUGUAAUGCUGGCGUCUCUUGAAGAAGAGGCUUUGAGACCAAAGAAGGUGGGAUGUCUUUCAGAUGCAUUACCCGCAACCCUAGGUGGUGGGGAUGGAGAUCAACCCAACAGACCAUCAAGCGCUAUGUUAACGGAUUUUCUGAAUACCGACUACGAUGAGUCAACUAACUUAACUCGUUUGGUACGUUCUGAAGCACAUACACCAGAUUCACCAUCUUCAGUAUGCGAGCGAGAGAUGUGCCCCGGUGAGGGCGCAGGUACUUGUACAUCUCCAACUGAAGUAAUGGAGUUUGAUCCGCUAGCAUCUCCAGUGUUGGGUGGAGAACGAGCUAGUCGAGCACGUACAGCACAAAUAAAUAGGCGUCAGUGGCCAGAAGCCUUAAACAAACGUGUUUCCACAUCAUGUCGGUCCUUAGAGCGUCUAAGUCGUGGUCCAGGAAGGGUAUCUAUUUGGUCCGAUCAAAUGCCAGCUCAAGUUUCGAUACCUUUCCAAGGUGCAAUGGGCACACAAAUUGUAUGCAACGGCUGCGGAUUUAAGUCCACUGUACGUUAUGACAAGUUUGACAGCAUUACAUUGAAUUUGCCACCUCAACGUCGAUCAGGUCUCAGCUUGGGACACUUGUUGAGCGAAUACAUAACGUCUGAAGAAUUGAAUGAUGUAAAAUGUGAAUCCUGUAAUGAAACCACCAAUCACACAAAAUCACUGACUUUCGCCAAAUUGCCCGGUUGUCUCUGUAUACAUAUUGCCCGAACAGUAUGGCUGCCAACUGGUCAAAUUUGUAAGCGCCAGGAUUAUGUCCAUUUUCCUGAAAGUUUGUCAAUGGCACCUUACAGCUUUGUUCAGCCGCAUUUGAAUAGUCAAGCCGGCACCCCAUGGGGAUCUACAAUGUCACUUUUCUCUUCUAGUCUACCCAUGAACAGUUUGGGUGGCAGUGGCAUGGAUUCAUAUAGCAGUGCUUUUGGUGCAAUGUUUCCCAAAAAUCUGUACAGACUUUUAGCCGUUGUUGUCCACUCGGGUGAAGCAAGCAGCGGCCACUUCGUAACUUACCGUAGAGGAGCUUUGAGAAAUGCACAUCGUUGGUUUUACACCUCAGACACUGUUGUGCGCGAAGUUUCCAUAGAGGAGGUGCUUAGCGUACCAGCAUAUUUACUCUUUUAUGACCGUGGCCCGCAGCGACGCUAAAGUGUUUAUUGGGGAGGGUGGGAAACUCGUUAAUUUUGAUACUAAAAUCUAGUUUCUAAAGUCAUUCAUAACUUAAGCUAAUUAUAAAAAAGCCUGGUUGCUAUAAUGUGUAGUAGCAAAAAAUAUAAUAUUUAUCAAUCGCAGAGAUCUGCUGCUUAUAAAUGUCAACCUAUUAGUUGUGAUAGUAGUACUGAUAAAUACACAUAUUAGGGCAUGUGCAUUAGACCACGUCAAAAUAAAAAAAUAUCCCGCAAUGCGACCGGCAUAAGACUCAAAUUUAAGCAUUUGAUAUAGUAAUGAUCCUCCAUGAAUCUCAAAUCUCUAGGACAAUUGUAAGAGGUCACGCGUAGAGCAUUUAGUUUUCCCAUAGGAAUUUCAUGUAAGAAAAUUAGUUCUUUUUGAGGUCAAUAUAAUUUUCUAGGAUCAGUGAUAACGCCCGAAACUGUAAGAAUACAUUGAUUACAUGUCACUUAAGUACUAUGCAGGCUCAGAUUAUUUAAAUUCCUAAGUUAUCCUUUUUUAAUACUUUGCUCUAUUUGGGUCAAAUCAAGUAUAUAAAAUUUUUAUUUAUUUUUUGUUAAUUUAAGGAAUCUGAGCAAUGCAUACUACUUAAAUGACAUGUAAUCAAUGUAUGUAUUCCUACAGUUUCGAGCAUUUUCAUUGAUCCUAGAAAAUUCUAUUUACCUCAAUUUCUGAGGUGUUUUUCCUAUGGGAAAACUAAAUGCUCAACGCGCGGAUCUUACAAUUGUCCUAGAGAGGGGAGAUUCAUGGAGGACCAUUACUAUACCAAAUGCUAAAAUUUGAGUCUUAUGCCUGUCGCAUUGCGGUAUUUUUUUUUUUUUGACGUGGUCUAAUCUGCAUACAUAACUUAGCUAUACAUCCCCUACGCAGCAUUUUUUGAUAAUUUUAUAACUUAAUCGGAGCUAUUGGUGAAUCAAUCGUUUUCCGAUUUUCAUGAAAUCUAAGAAAACGCUAACAUUGCAUCCAAAUUGUUGCAAAGGAACACUUGUCUAUUCAAAGUACAUAUGAGUUAUGUUGGCAUGUAGGUAUUCAGAUUCAGUGAAGCGUUUCAGUAGAUUUCACGAAGAAUCGGACACGAUCGUUCGGUAGGAGCGCCUAAUAUCAAAAUGUCAUGGACAAAAAUAUUAUAAGCUCAAUAUUUUCAAAAGUGCCAUUUUGACUAGUCGAUUUAUUCAUGGCAGAUAUGGGUUGCCAAUAAUUUAUUAAACUAUGAAAAUUAAAUAUUUUUAUGGACUGUUAAUUACGCUGAAUAAGUUACUUUUUAUUUGCAUAUAAUUUCAUCAUGUUAUCUUUAACAGCAUUUACUACUCAAUCGAUGCAUUACACGUUUUUUAUAAGUAGAUUUAAGUUAUUUAUUUUGCAGUUGAGAGUUUAACCACAACAACGGUCGUGGAAAGUUUUACUCUACAAUGAAGUGUUUAAAUUUAAAGCAUUUUUUAGGUUAACGAACUUAUUUUGCAACAUCCGUAGAACUAUAUAAGAUUUAUUAAUAAAUUGAAACAAAAUGCUUAUUAUAAAAGAUAACAACCAUUUCUUCAGGCGCACUAUUAAUGUUUAUGCAAACAGAAUGGCCAAUCAUAAUAUUAAUAAUUGAGAACAUAUAGAAGGGUAUCAAUCCACUUUACUACAUUACAAUAUGCGAAUACUUAAUCUCUCAUAUAUUACUAAAUAAGAUUCUUACAAUUCGAAAUAAACACA